CGGGAGGGCCCGCGGGGGCGGAGGCAUGGCGGACGUGUUGAGCGUCGGGGUGAACCUGGAGGCCUUCGCCCAGGCCAUCAGUGCCAUCCAGGCGCUGCGUUCCAGCGUGAGCAGGGUGUUCGACUGCCUGAAAGAUGGCAUGCGGAACAAGGAGACGCUGGAGGGCCGGGAGAAGGCCUUUAUCGCGCACUUCCAGGACAACUUGCACUCGGUCAACCGGGACCUCAAUGAAUUGGAACGUCUGAGCAACUUGGUAGGCAAGCCAUCUGAGAACCAUCCUCUUCAUAACAGUGGGCUGUUAAGUCUGGAUCCCGUGCAGGACAAAACUCCCCUCUAUAGUCAACUCCUGCAAGCAUAUAAAUGGUCCAACAAGUUGCAGUACCAUGCAGGCCUGGCAUCUGGCCUUUUGAAUCAGCAGUCCUUGAAGCGGUCUGCAAACCAGAUGGGAGUGUCUGCCAAGCGUCGACCAAAGGCACAGCCCACCACCCUGGUCCUGCCACCUCAAUAUGUGGACGACGUGAUCAGCCGCAUUGACAGGAUGUUUCCUGAGAUGUCCAUCCACUUAUCCAGGCCCAAUGGGACAUCAGCUAUGCUUCUGGUGACCUUGGGGAAGGUGUUGAGAGUGAUCGUGGUCAUGAGGAGCCUGUUCAUUGACCGAACAAUAGUGAAGGGGUAUAACGAAAACGUCUACACGGAGGACGGCAAGGAUGUGUUAGCAAAACACGAGGGCAUGGGGAGUAAGCAUUGGUCUCCAACCAGAGGCUGUGGAAGAAGUUUAAGGAGCCAGUCAAAGCUGCUCACCGCGCACUUCCAUCCACAUGGCAUGCCAAGGAAGCAAGACCUCAGGAUGGAAAUCCCCAGAGGGGUGACAGACCAUGCCACCACUGCCCUGCUCCACUACCAGCUGCCCCAGAUGCCAGAUGUUGUGGUCAGGUCCUUCAUGACCUGGUUAAGAAGCUACAUAAAGCUGUUCCAGGCCCCAUGUCAGCGCUGCGGGAAGUUCCUGCAGGAUGGCCUGCCCCCCACGUGGAGGGACUUCCGAACACUGGAAGCCUUCCAUGACACCUGCCGGCAGUGACCCCACCCACCCAGGCAGCCCUGAGUGACACUGGCCCUGACCCCUUGCUGUCCACUCUCUGUCCAGCUCUGGCUGUCAUGAAGGACCUUCUAGGAGCACCACCGGGGGAGGUCGCCCAGCCUAGACUUGGUAUUCGCUGGCAAUGCGGGUGAGUCCCCCAGUUUGCUGAAGGUGACUGAAUGAGCCCUGUCACACGGGGGACUUUGUUUUGUGCUUGCUAAGUUAUUUUUAUAAGCAAUAAACCUUUUGUACCCAGGCAA